ACCUGGAAGGUACUGAGUUGAAUUAAUUUCUAAUUUAGCUUGAUUCAUUAUAAAACGAUUUUCCGUUGAAUUUGUACGCUUAAAAAUAGCAGAUUCCUUUUGAUUGUGAUUAUGUGCAGUUUCAUCGUCCAUUCAAACGAAUCCUAGAACGCUAAUAUUUACAAAAACAGUAAUUUUACUAAUUUAUCCAAGGAAACAAGCAAAUAAUUAGUGCACUAAUUUCAAUUUGAUUGGAAAAUACAUCAAAAAAAUGUUGAAAUGUUAAAAUAUAGGGCAUGUUAAUUAACGCAAAAUUCAAGUUUUAAUGAGUAUUCGGGAACGAUUCAAAAUAGCUUACGAAAAUGUGGGCUUUUGUGCGGAUAACGUAUGGUGCAAGGACAUGGAUUCUUACCAACAAACGAACAUGGAUCUACUUAUGAGAGAAAAAGGACUGGUCGAACCGAAACCGUUAGAAUUAAGACCCAGAACAGUAAGGGAUUGCAUACCGUAUAGCAAAUUGGCGAAGUAUUCCAAUUAUGAAUACAACGAUUCGAGGGAACUUUCGUAUACGCUGGACGAUUUUAAAACGCCGUCGAAUUACAACGAAUACUCGUUCGCCGGCGAUGCCGAAAAGGAGCCUUGGAUGUCGGAAGAAGUCGACAGGUUUUUUAAAUUAUACACAGGUUUUUAUAAGAAUCUAAACGACUCGAAAGAGUACCAAAACGUAUUGAAUUUCGCGAGAAGCUUCGAAUCGCCGUUUCUAAUGUGCAAUUCGCUCCAAGAAUAUUUCCUCAAGCUCCAGGUCACUAAGGAUAGUGUGCAAAAGCUAUGGGACACCGAUCCGAUGGAAUCGAGAACAUUCAUGUUUCGUAGCCUACACUCGGUUAGAGAGAAGAAAUCUUUAUUAGUUUAUAAGUCGCCCGCAGGUAGUGUUUUUGUGUCAGAAUACGAUGACGUAAGUAGUGAAUUAAAAGAGGAUUAUUACGAAUGGGAUAAGAGCGAUUUCGACCAACACAACGUCGAUCAUUUAAAUUUAAUUUCUAGUUCGUUGAAGCCGGUCACCAAUAAGGAGAAUAACGUCGAAAAUCCGACGGAUCCCAUGCAGAAUCGCCGCCUCUAUUCGGCCGUAUUGCAAGGAUUCUCCUCUAACAAAAUAACGCCGACUUCAGCCGACAGUCAAAUGACGAUAUUGCGGAGAAAUUUCGCCAAGACGAACGAAAAUGAAAUGAAAAAAAUCGGCAGCGUGAAUAAUUUUAGCAAAAGAAAAGUGGACGCCAACGAAGCGACGACGGGCAGUAAAAUCAUGCCGAAAUUAUUCCCGAACGUCGCCUUCACGAGCUCGCGAAGCGUACAAACCACCGAACUGAGAAUGGACGGUAACCCACCGCCCAUAACGAACCAAUCCCAAAACACCCACUUCCCUUUAAGUCAACUACCGUCCCAACAGCAACAACAACAACAACAACCGAUCACCCGAUAUAGACAAAAUUUCGUACCGAACAACUACCAAUACCCGUCGUUUUACAUGUUCGUGCACAACUCGUUCCAACAGAACUACCUGCAACCCUUCUACAAUCCGGUGUACCUCCAUCAACGGAGCAUCCCUGCGGGCGUGAACCUGGACAACAGGAAUGUCCUGCAGAGGAACUGCCAAUCCCACAUCCCGUCCCAUUACGCCGGCUUCUUGUCGCAGAACCAAUUCGCGACGAACUUCCAGAACUUCGAUCAACCGUCGACGUUCAAGAGCAAAACGAGAACGAAAACCGAGCAGCUGCAGAAGAAGACGUUGGUCCGGUCGCGGAGGAACCUGUCGCUGGACGACGUGAAGAAGCCCGAACGGGCGUUUUCGUUUUCGAAUUUGACGUCGCGAUCGGACUGCUCGUUCGGCGAGACGGCGGCGGACAUGGACGAGCUGGUAUCGAAGAUCGUGAAUUUAGUUUUAGACGAAUCGAAAAUGGAUUGCAUCCUGCCGAUCACGGGCAGCCAGUCGGACGAGCUGGAGCGGCAGGCGCUCGAGCAGUACACCAGCUCCAGCGACAACGUUUUCCAGGAGCUGGAAAGGCAGGCGGCCGAAGAGUACGAGGACAAUCCGGAAAACUACUUAGGCCCCCCGAAUUAUAACCAUUUGUUCGGGGGGUUUUUUAAACAAAUGAAAUAUUGUAUAUCUUAAUUGAUAAGGUUUUUAAAUAUUUAGGUUUUCAAGACGCAAUCGACGAUAUGUAAAAGAAAAAAUAUAUAUUUGUAAAUGUUUGACAAAUUAUUAAAUAAAAUGUAAAUUCUUAAAACGUUAUAGAAGCAUGCAAGUUCAAAAAUUUAAAUAAAUAUGGCCCUUAAAC